GUCGAGACUCAUUUGGCCCCACUUCUUGCCAAGAAUCCGAAGGAGGUUGCCCGUCAUCUGGCCGCUUUGGAGAAUGCUGAACUUCAGGUGAGCCUGGCAUACGCUGCGGCUUCGCUGUAUUUCUGCCACCUCCUCACGCAAGGAGUUGAUCCGAGUGACCACCCGAUACGGCAGGAGCUAGAUCGAAUCCAGCUCUACUUCAAGAAGGUUCGAACAGCUGCAGACGAGGCUGUUGAGAAGGAAGCAUCCCGCGACCGAAUCAGGGUUGAUGUCGAUGCAGCGAAGCGAAUCGUCCAUCAUUUCGCACACGCGGCAGAGGCAUCCGUCCAACGUCGUGUCGAGGCGGCUGCUGCUCGAGUUGAACCAUUGCCGAAGCAGGUUCACACGGCAAAUGCAAACGACGCCGCUGAUGCGCCGAAGACGCCAAAGCAAACCUCCGGCGAGGAGGUGAAGCCGCCGAUCAAGAAGGCGGUGCGCAAAAAGAUAAAGGGCAAGGCUCGCCCUUCUUGA